UUUGAACCCAACCUUCAAUAAGUACCUCUCCAAGCGGCAAUGUAUCCUUAUUCUUUUGUUUCCAGUCACUUUCUGAUGGCAUCCUCUGUUCCAAAACUAUUGCUUGCAAUCAAUUUCAUAGCCUUUUUCUCCAUUUAUCUUCCUUCCUCAACGGCUUCUGUAGCUGCUAUAGCUAGAGAUCGAGAAAUAGAGGCAGGGAAAGAGGCAAGGGCUCUUCUACAAUGGAAAAACAGCCUUGACAACCAAAGCCAAGUUAUUUUGUCUUCAUGGGAUGGAAGCAAUCCUUGCAAUUGGGUUGGAAUUGCUUGUGAUAAUGCUGGCAGCGUCACCAAUAUAAGCCUGGGAAAUUAUAGUUUAAAAGGUACACUUCAUAAUCUCAACUUCAGUUUUUUUCCCAACUUAGUCAAAUUGGGGCUUCACAAUAACUUACUUUAUGGAACCAUUCCCUCAAGAAUUGGUAAUCUGUCCAAGCUCGCCUUCCUUGAUUUGGCUUACAAUGGUUUUUCUGGAAAUAUUCCAUUAGAAAUAAGCUUGCUGUCAAGUCUAGACCACCUUGCCAUAGAUCAUAACAAUAUAAGUGGUACCAUCCCCCAAGAAAUAGGGGAGUUGAGGUCACUUUCUCAACUCUUUUUGCAUGAAAAUAAACUCCAAGGUAAUAUCCCUUCUUCUAUAGGGAAUUUGAGCAACUUAGUUAAUCUCUAUCUCGGUGACAAUGAACUCUCUGGCUCCAUUCCUGAAGAACUAGGGAUGCUAACAUCUCUUCACUUGUUUGAUUUAGCAAGGAACCAUCUUACUGGUAGCAUCCCUUCUUCCAUAGGGAACAUGACCAGUUUAGCAUUUCUUUACCUUUUUAGCAACGAACUCUCCGGUUCCAUUCCCACAGAGUUAGGAAUGCUCAGGUCUCUCUAUCAGCUGCAACUGUGGAAUAAUAGUCUCACUGGUAAAAUUCCUGAUUCCAUAGGAAACUUAAGCAGCAUGGACCGACUUCACCUUUUCAUGAACAAGCUUUCUGGUCCCAUUCCUUCAGGAAUAAACAACAUUACCCAUUUCAAAAGUUUUCAAUUAGCUGUGAAUGAACUAACAGUAAAUUUACCAGAAAACAUGUCUUGGUGGAUUGCUUGAGAUACUCACUGUAGAAAACAACCAUUUCACUGGCCUCAUACCAAAAAGUUUGAAAAAUUGCACCAGCUUAAUAAGAGUUAAGCUUGAAGGAAACCAACUUAGUGGAAACAUAGCUGAAGAUUUUGGUGCAUACCCAAGCUUGAAGUACAUUGAUUUAAGUUAUAACCAAUUGUUUGGCGAGCUAUCUGACAAAUUGGGACAGUGCCACAAUUUGACAAGCUUGAAAGUUUCUGAUAAUAACAUCUCUGGUCA